AUGGCAAUAAAUUCAGAAAAUUUCAGUCGGUUGCUUACUCAACAAACUUCUGAUAUCGAAGCUACUGAACAGCAAAUUAUCAGCUUGGAAAAAUAUAAAUCAGAUUACGAGUUUGUUAGUAAUAAAAUCCAAGAGUUACAAAAGUCAGUGUAUAAAGAUGCAUAUAUUCCAUUCACUCGUAAAGCACUUGUCCGUGGACGUUUAAUUCAUACAAACGAACUAUUAGUUUAUCUCGGUGGAACUGAUGAUUAUUUUGCUGAAUUAUCUGUCUACGAAACUGUCCAGUUGCUCAGUCGUCGUAUUAAACGGUUAGAAAUAAAACUAGAUGGAUUGCAUAAACAAAAAACAUUGUUAAUUGACAGGAUCAAUUACACUAAAGAUUUAGUCUCGCAGAAGUCAGUUUCUGUAUCGAAAAAUUCCACUAAUCAUACUCUUGAUAAUAUUGUAGAAGGUAUUGAUGACGAUAAGGAGAUUGAAAUUAGAGAAGAAUAUGAUUCUGAUACUGAGAUUGAAUGGAGAAAAAAACAUAUAAAUAGUCGAAAACAGGAACGUCUUUCCAAUGCAUCAAGACGUUCCCCAGUACUUACUACUCGUCGAGUCUCGUUUGAUUUAGUUGAGAAAGUGUUAGAAGAACAGUCUACUGAUAGUGAAAAUGUUUCUAACUCAGAAACUGAUUCGGAUGGCAACAACUUGCCGAUUAUACACUUUCAACAUUCAGAUACACCUUCAUCUGUCCCAAGGGAAAAAGUGGUUGAUGUUUCAACGCUUACUGUUGCAGAGGCUGUCAAUUUCGCCUCUAAGAUUUGUAAUACACGCUUUGAAAAUGAAGUGUUUCCGGCAGAACCAUUUGGUGAUAUAAAGGAACGAAAAUCAGAUACUUUAGUAGAAGCUGUCGAUUUCACCUCCGAAACAAACCACCAAAGUGAAAUACCUCCUACAAAACCGUUUGGUGAUGUAAACGAACGGAAACCAAAUGCCUUAGAUAAGCCAAAUAUUUCUUCAGCUAUCACGACACAUGAAAGAAAACGAUGUUCACUUUUCCGUUCUUCUCGCAUCAAAGAUUCCAAACCUUCGUAA